CAUCGCCUGCGUAGGAAUGCAGAGUGUGGAAAUGGUGUGUUGGAGGACAAUGAGGAGUGUGACUGCGGACCUGACUGUAGUGAUCACCGGUGCUGUGACCAAACAUGUAGGCUGAAGGAGCACGCACAGUGUAGUGAUGGACUAUGCUGUUCUGAUUGCCAGUUGAGACAUAAGGGAUUCAUGUGUCGUCCUGCUCUUGGAGAGUGUGACCUCCCUGAAUAUUGUGAUGGUACCUCCGGAGAAUGCCCCAUAGACCGCUAUAAGCAAGAUGGCACAUUGUGUGACAGAAUUCACUAUUGUUUUGGCGGCCGGUGUAAGAACCCUGAUAAUCAAUGUGUGGAUAUAUAUGGGUCCCCUGCAAGGUCUGCCCCAGAACACUGUUAUAUUUCCAUGAACACCAAAGGAGACCGGUUCGGGAACUGUGGCUUGUGGGCCUCGUCUAGGACAAAGUAUGUUAAUUGCUCUGAUGAUCAUAUAUUUUGUGGGAAACUUAUAUGUACAAAUAUUAGACGGAUACCAGCAAUCAAACCCCACCAUACUCUGAUCCAGGUACCUCACAAAGAUGACUGGUGCUGGAGCACGGAUGCCUAUAACAUGACUGACAUCCCCGAUGAUGGAGAGGUGCACAACGGCACUCUUUGUGCCCCACACAAAGUCUGCAUGAAUUACUCCUGCACUGAUCAUGCCGUGCUCCACUACGACUGUGAACCUAAUGAAAUGUGUAAUGGGCGAGGAGUCUGCAACAAUUUAAGGCACUGUCAUUGUGAGGCUGGCUAUGCACCCCCUGACUGCAAAGCUGCAGGAAAUGGGGGUAGUGUGGACAGUGGCCCUCCUGGAAAGCCACAUGAUGGAAAUCCAAGUGAAGAUGAAAGCAGAAGUCAUAGUGUUUCUCGUAGUAAUUCUGGCAGAGGUUGUGAGAAUGAAGAUGAAAGCAAAGGCCUUUCCAGGAUGGUGUACUUAUUCGCCUUAUUUCUUUUAAUAGUAUUUUUAAGUCUGAUUGUUGGUGCCAUUAUUGGGGCUGGAAAGGAGAGAUCACAGUGCCAACAAAAGGUUCUAGAAGAUACUCAAGAAACUGUACCAGAAACAGAAGUAGGCAGAUUAGAGGAAGAACCAGGGGGAAAAAUGAGUAGUGACAGGAAGAAGGCGAGUAUAGCAAAUACCUGA